CACACACACAUACAGAGAAGCUCAUUCAGAACUGAGAGCUGGGGGGACACAGAGAGAGAGAGAGGGGGGCCAGUGCACUGAGGUCCCAGGGACAUUAUCCCCCAGCCUGAACUCCAAGAGAGAGAGAAGGGGGAUUGGGGCGCUAUGGAUUUGUUGAACUCCAAGUACCUGAGCCCUGGAGGCACCUACGACUACACCUUCAACUUCUGGACGGACUACCUGGGCUUGUCCGCGCUGGUGAUGAAGAGCCGCAAGAAUGUGAGCCGCUCCCCCAACUCCAUCACUGAGUCCCUGAAGGCCACUCUGGGGCUGAAUGACGCUGCUUGCCCUUGCCUGGCCGCCGACGGGGACGCACCCCUGCAGUGCUGCUGCUGCUGCUGCUCGCCCAACGCGUCCAGGGGCUGGCUGGAGCUGGAGGACACCUUCUCCCUCUUCGACCCCGUCCGCCCCUUCCCUGCCUCCCCCCAGGAGCCCGAGCUGCUCCUCGACCCCUUCGCCCCCCUGGACCUGCUGGGGCUGGAGAGGAAGGGGUUCAGGAGGGGCAGCAGCGGCCGGGCCAAGCAGGAGCCCAAGAUCUGCGUCUUCUGCCGCAACAACGGCGCCCCCGAGGAUGUCUACUCCUCCCAUGUGCUGAAGACCCCCGACGGCAGGGUCACCUGCCCCAUCCUGAGGGCCUACACCUGCCCCCUCUGCCACGCCAGCGGAGACAACGCUCACACCAUCAAAUACUGCCCCCUCUCCAAAGACCAGCCGCCCCAGAGGCUGCUGAAGGGGGGCAGAGCGGUCGGUGGGGGCAAGAGGCUCAAGAUCUUCUAGACUCGAAGCCUUCUUCACUGGGAAACAGAACCUUUUUUUUGGGACCUAAGACUUCUGACGCCCACCACCCUCCCAAUUUCCAAACCUUCCACCUCCAACCCUCCAUCUCCAACCUCCCUGGCUCCUAGACCCCCCACCUCCAAACCUUCCACCUCCAACCCUCCAUCUCCAACCUCCCCGGCUCCUAGACCCCCCACCUCCAAACCUCCAUCUCCAACCCCCCCCUCAUAUCCAACCCUCCAUCUCCAACCUUCCCAUCUCCUAGACCCGCCACCUCCAAACCUCCCUGUCCACCCCCCCAUCCAACCCUCCAUCUCCAACCUCCCCAUCUCCUAGACCCCCCACCUCCAAACCUCCCUCUCCACCCCCCAUCCAACCCUCCAUCUCCAACCUCCCCAUCUCCUAGACCCCCCACCUCCAAACCUCCUCUCCAACCCCACCCCCAAUCCAACCCUCCAUCUCCAAACCUCCCUCUCCAACCCCCCAUCUCCAAGCACCCCCAUAUCCAACCCUCCAUCUCCAGCCCCCCCAUCUCCAAGCACCCCCAUAUCCAACCCCCAUCUCCAACCCCCCAAUCUCCUAACCCCCAUCUCAAACUCCCCCCCCCCAUCUCCAACACCACCCCCACCUCUUCAUCUCCAACAUCCCCAGUUCCCUCCCUUUCCUCCCAAAACUCAACCUUGUUUCAGGAAAGGAAAUACCUGGUCUUGAAAAACAUUUCUCAAGGUCCCAUCGUUUUAUGGAUCAAGAAUCGAAUUUUGGGGCAAGAAAAACCAUAUUGUCUUCGUCUUUGGAAAUGUGGUAGGUUUUGGCAAAGACAGAAUGAGAGAAGGAACUGGUCAUUUCUCCCUGGUAACUGUUCACUUGUUGACAUAAGGCAAUGUGAUGUUUUUUUGUGCUGAAAAACGAGAUUUGUGUUAAUGGCCAGAAACAUUUUGGUGUUCCAUUGAUAUCCAUCACUUUAUUUCACCCUCUUCCCCAGUUUCCUGUCCCAUUUAAAAUGUCACUGACAAAUUUUAAGACAAAUUUCACCCCCCCCCCCCCCCCCCCCCCCCCCCCCCGCACCCCUCUCUGAAAACUGUUUGGAAUUUUCUGCAGAGUUGCUAGGUUGGUGAAGAGCUUUUUUAGUUCAGGAAUGUAAUUUUGGACACAGGCCAGGAUUUUCAAAAAGGGCAGAAGUAAGAUUUCUAUUCUUGGGCUGAAAUGGAAGGUUGGAACAUUUUCAAAAAUGCAUCUUUUUAGGAGAGCUUUUUGAAUUUAAUAUCAUUUGAAUUUAAUAUCAUUUGUGAUUCAUUUUCCAACUUUGUAAGUCUCUAACCUGCGCUGUAAAGUCACACCCCGACAUAUAACUCAACGAAGACUUGGAAUUAGAGUCUGUCUUGCCAUAGCUCCAAUCUUUAUUCUUGUUCCCGAAAUCACAGAUUGGUACACAGAAACAGGAUUUGGUUUGAACUCGAGGACGACAGGACUUGUGCUGGGGUCUGGCCGGGACUAUGUAUUGGGGAGGGGAGAAAGAACCUUUUGUGGACAAUUCAGUCUCAAGAAUUUGUCUUAAAGCAAGACUGCUGAUUUGUUUUUUGUGUUGUCCUUCUCAGACACAAACAAGCACGAUUUUAAACAAAAAAACUGUUGGAUAAGUAGUCAAACGUCUCUUUGUUACGUAACUUACUCCAAAUAUAUUUAAAAAAAAUUGCAGUUUUCUUCUUUAUAGUGAAUGUAACAUUUUAACAGUCGGGAAUUGUUCUGAAGAGAUGAUUCUUGCAGGACUGCACAAUGAAAUUGAGUCUUUCCUUUUAUUUACCAAAGCAGUUAUACAAGUUGUAAGAGAAUUAUAUGUAAAUAAGAACUUGUCUGUAAUGUAUAUUCAGUAUUUUGAUCAUAUGCUGAUUUAAAGAGGGCUCUACCUCAAAAGAUUAAUGCUUGAGAGAUGCAUUAAAUUUCUAUAAAAAAAAUUAAAUAUCAGAUUCAAUAAAUAACCAGUUUAUAAAUGACACACUGCCAUUUCUAAAAGGUUUUGUAAUAAUAUUUUUUUGAAUUUUAUAUAAGAAAUCUGUAUUUUUCACAUUACGGCUGCAGGAAAAAUUUUAAAAUGAAUGCCGCUUUUAAGCAAUUCAUUUCGCACUUAAGUUUCUGUAAAUAUAAUUCACAAUUAUUUUCUUUCUGAAUUUGUGUUGUAAAUUGUUGGCCUUUCUUUGCAUAGAGUUUUUUAAAAAAAAGAAAUCUUGAUUAAGGUACCAGUUUAAUUCUUAUUUAUACAAUGGUGUUACUGUUUCUGUAUGCUGCAGCACAGAAAGAAUGAUAUUGUUUACUGAAGGUAAUAAA